AUGCCCGAGAACGAUGUAGCCGACUCGACGGACUGGCUUUCGACGUCAUUACCUGCGCUGGCGCGAGUCGAGGCAUCACUCCGCUGCCAAGUCUGCAAGGACUUCUACGAAACGCCCAUGAUCACAACCUGCUCACACACGUUCUGCUCGCUGUGUAUUCGGAGAGCCCUGUCCAACGACAGCAAGUGUCCAGUGUGCCGUGCGGGAGAGCAGGAGGUCAAGCUCCGCAGCAACUGGUCCGUGGAGGAGGCGGUGGAAUCUUUCAAGGCGGCGCGGUCUGCCGUACUGGAGCUUGCGCAACGGAAACCCGACCCGCCACCACCCCGGUCGCCGAAGAGGAAAACGAGAGACGGCGAGGACGGGUCACAGUCAGAGCCUGCGCCUGAUGCGAAGAGGCUGCGGUCGUCGGCGAGGUUAAGUCGAAACAAGCAGCCAGUAUCAUAUGCGGUAGCACCAGAGGUUGAAGAAGAGGAGGUUGUGCCAGCUAGCGACACGGAAGAGGAUGAGUUCGUCCCUGAACCUGCCGAUGGCUUGGUUGCCUGUCCCAUGUGCCAGAAACGGAUGAAGGAGUGGCAGGUUUUCGGGCAUAUAGAGUCGUGUACUGGACCUUCAACGAAGAAAGAAAGCACAAAUACGACGCAGCUGGGCGCUACAGGGCGGACACAUAACACAACCUACGAAAGGCUACCGGGUCUGAGUUACGGCUUGUUCAAGGAAAAUGCAUUGCGCAAGAAAUUGGGCGACCUAAAGAUACCCAACCACGGACCCCGACAAAUUCUCGAGAAACGACAUAGGGAAUGGGUGACGCUGUGGAACGCCAACUGCGAUGCGGCACGACCAAAGAAUCGUAUGCAGCUGUUACAGGAACUUGAUACGUGGGAGAAGACGCAGGGAAGUCGUGCGCCAACCACAGGCCGGGCAGCUCAGAAUGCCGCUCUAAUCAAGGACAAAGAUUUCGACGGUGCCGCCUGGGCCACACGACAUAAUGACUCAUUCCAGGAUUUGAUUGCUAAUGCAAGAAAGUCACGUAUGGAAACCAAACAAAAACCGAAGACGGAUGAGAGUCUUGAAGCCCCUCCCCCAAAGGACAGCAUACCUCAAGAAAUUGCCGAAGCAGUAAUAGAUGUGACUCCUAGCUCUGUACAUCUACAGACGCUCGACACCAAUGAAAAUAAAUUACCCACUGGAUCAGGAGGGAUCCCUGGGCUGAUAGAAGGAAGCAACAGUACAAGUACAAGACCCUAUCGUCCGUUCAAACUACAUGUAUCCAUGAUUAACGUCUAA